AUGCUGCAAGAGAAGACAUCUAACGUCGACACCAAGAGUCCUCCUCAGUUUGAAGCUCAGCAAGAGACGCUGAGCUUCGACGAGGCAACUCGUGUCGAGCGCUUGCAAGCAGCACCCGACUCGCUUGCCGCAGUGGCUGCCACCAAGACCAAAGAUACCACAGUGUGGUAUCGAGCCGCGAUUCGCUCCGAAUGGUGCUCAACUCCACAGGUUCCCCAUGGCGGAUUCUUGGCUUCGCUUCUCCUUUCAGCUCUCCUCGAACGCCAAUCAUCGCAGCAGCAUCCGGACCCUUACACCCUCACCUACGACUUUCUCAAAGUGCUAUCGCCCGGUGAAGCCUUCGUCUCUGUCACAGCUCUUGGCAAGGUUUCGGGCAGCUUUACUUCGAUUGUCGCGGAGCUCUACCAAGUCCGUAAGGAUAAGGUGCUGCUUGGUGUCAAUGUGCGCGGAAACUUCGCCGAUCUGUCCAAGCAGCAAGGGAAGUCGACUCUGCCUUUGCACUAUGGUGCCAUUUCGAAGCUCGAGGAUGUACCAGUUCCUCACCCUCGCUCGUGGUACCUUCCACCUUCUCAAGCCAUGAUCUCUCGUCAACUUGACCUCCUGGUCAAACUCGAGACACAACGCCGCCCUUUCGCCGACUAUUUUGUGCGAUUUCAUCCCGAUGAUGUUGAUACCCCGCAGCAGGAGGACUUUUCGGAGGAGCACGCUUCUGCCGACGAGCCUUCGAACCACCACUACUGCAAAGGAAGCAAGAUUCUUCCUCUUCGAUCACCUCAUUCCAGGCGGAUUGAUGUCAAAAGUCUCCCGAUGUUCGGAGAUUUCCGCCGACCCGCCUACGAGAAUGUGAUCAAGAAAGAUCCUGUGCACGCACACGACGUGCCCACGCGCAAGUACGCCUUUCCGACGCUGCAGUACACGAUUCGCUUCUUGGGCAAGAUUCCUGAGGAGACCGAGUGGCUGCAUACCCAGUGGAGAGAGACUGUUGUGGAUGGCCGCAUCAUCUCGGACGUUUACAUCACUACCGAGCGAGAAGCUAAGCCCGUGGCUGUCUGUCAGCUCGACAGCCUCAUGUUCGACAUGCAGUGGGCGCUCUCCACCAUGCCGUCUGCGGACAAAGCCAAAGAGGCUCCUAAGGCCUCACAGCUCUGA